AUCCAUUCCCUCAAACUAUUACUUUGUUCAUUGUUUUUUCACCAGAUUAAAGCACAUAUUAUUUUUUUCAUUAAUGGUCGAUCUUAUAGACGAGCGUGGCAACCCAGUUCAACUCACCGAUGAUCCUGGAAACCGGGUUAAACUCACAGACAAGCAUGGCAACCCUGUGCACCAAGCGGGUUUGGCAACCAAGGAAGAUAUACCACCGUCGGAACCUGAGUAUAUACAGGUAUGCCAGGUCUGGGAAAUGAAACAAGAGGUGAGCAUAUAGCUGCUGUUGGUGUUAUAUCAGGUCAAAGUGUGUGUGGGACACUGAACCUCUUGGUCUUUAUGGGACUGGAUAUCGCACAACAACAGCUUCGUCGCUCUGGCAUCUCAAGCUCUAGCUGGUCUGAGGAUGAUGGACAAGGUGGGAAAGUAAGGAAGAAGAAGGGACUGACGAGGGAUAUAAAGGAGAAACUGAGCGGUACUGGGAAGAAUAAGGAGGACCAGCAGCAGAAGCAUCAUCAUCCGCAGACCAACACGAACCCUUACACCGGAACUACGACCACUUUGACUCAUCAUGAGCACGAAAAGAAAAUCAUGAUGUAGAAGAUCAAGGAGAAAUUGCCUGGCAUCAUACCAACCACUGAAACACCAUCUGUAUA